AGUGUGUGCGUUGUGUCACGAUGAAUUGCGUUGAAAUUCCCAUAGCUGCUUGUAUUUAACAGUGAUAUUGAUAUAAAUGUUACAGCAAAGGCAAAAGCAACAACAACCGCGUGUGACAACGUUUUCCAUCCGAUUCGAUAUUCAAGUAGGCUCGCUUUCAAACACGCAUUUUCAUUGGUCGAUUUUCAUCAUCGCGUUUCGAACAUUUUGAUAAACACAACAAGAACAGAUAUGACACAAAUUCCGAUACACUUGCUUGACGGCUAUGGCAAAGGUAUUCUGUGUAUGGAACGGAGUUUAGUUCCAUUGAGGUGAUCUCUGUAUUGGUCUUUCCAUAUUCGAUAUACGGGUAGGAUAUAUUGAGAGUUUACCAAUCGAAAAUCAAUCCAAUUGAUAAUAGUAAAUAUUUACAUUUCACGAGAGUCUCAGUAAAGUUAAUUGAGAUUCAUCCAACAGAUUGGAUACAAAAUGAUUUUUUUUUUCAUUUCUAUUCACCGACAAAAAGAUUUGGUGCUCUCUGUAUGGUUUAAUUCCUUUUAGCCUAUGGUUUAUCGAAUGGACAAUGGAAAAUGUUUACAUUUCACAGUUGACACAAUGAAAUUUUGGAACAGACUCUCAAUUCAAGAGGAAUACCGAAAUAAUUCGUUCAUUCUAUAACGAAACGACUGAAUUCGUUCGCGCCGUCUCUUUCGUGUCAACUGACGAGUGCGCAAUAUAAUCGGACCGCACCGUAAAUGGCAUGCGUUUGUCUCUUUUGUGAUUGUUCAGUGCUGAACGAAAAAAGCCGGCACGGAAGCGUCAAAAGUCGCAUCAACUGCUAUUCGAAAUGUGUGUUCGAACGAGACAAACCGAUGUAACGAAGAGUCUACAAACAAAUCGUGCGUCUAAUUUGUUGUUGCUGUUGCUAUAUUUAUUGUUAUUGGCUCUCGUCCGCUUCGUUUUGGGUAGAUAAAGAAAAGAAAUGUCUAGCGCUAACUGAGCUGGCUCCAGUUAUUUUCUAUAGAAUUCGUUCAAGUCAGUCUGUCAUUCCGUUUGCUUGUGUACUGUUGUCGUAACACACUGUGAUUAUAUUUCUUUUUAAAUUUUGAAAUAGUUUUCACACAAAUCCAUUGUUAAUAAAUAUGAACAAAAUCAAUUGAUUUACUCACUAAAUCUAUGAGCAAAUAUUUAUUCCAAUUCGAUUGUAAAUUUCAAAAAAAUGAUACGUAAUUUAAGUGCAUUUGUUUUAUCGAUAGUGUUAGUUGUUGCUGGUGCACAUCAGAAUGUAUUUCCGGAGGGUGACCAAUACUCAUAUGAGUUCUCAAAUAAUGUGUUCAUAAAAGAUUUCAAAAAUGGCAGACCGGUGGCUUAUCGUCUGGUUGGAACUGUUCAUGUGGCGAACAUUUUGACUGUAGACGAUGAAAAACUGUUGAAAUUUACAUUGGAUUCGCCGCAAUUGAAUGUUCGACCACAUGGAUCUGAUUCACAAACGGAAUUCAACUAUCACAAGUCGCCGUUGGACAAUUACAAAAACAAUGAUUUUUAUGCCGUUUGGAAUUUGGGAAACAUCAGCGACAUUUACUAUGAUGCGAAAGAGAAUGCCGCUUUGACGAAUGUCAAGAAGUCAAUUGUGAGUCUCUUUCAGUACAAAACGAGCGAAGGUGUUUACACGGAAAAUCGAGCAUCAGGACGAUGUGAAGUGAGCUACAAAGAUACGGCUCAUACUGCGAUUCGACGGCUUAAACAAAACUGCGUACUCGAAACAAAAACACCACGCAUCGUUCGUCCAGAGCAACCGUUGCAAGCCAGCGCCCAAAACUAUCGAAGCACUGACUAUAAAUUUUUUCCGGAUGGAUCCAUUGAGAAAAUUGAGAGCCGCGACUAUUUUCACAUUGCUUUAGAAGCAAAUCGUGAGAUUGGAGGAAGCAUUGACUCAUUGGUUGUACUUCGGACCGAUGGACACUUGACCAAAGUUAGCAGGGCUGAUAGUAAAACACCCAAAGAAUUUUUGUCACAGUUGAAAAACUAUAAAGGUGAAACACUCGAAACGAGCCCACAAAUUCUUGAUGAGCCACUCAACUCAAAUUUGAAGAAGGCAAUCAAAGAAUACGAAGACGCAUUGGCUACCUCGAACAUUGGUACGGUUCAAUCAGCAAAGGCAUUCCUCAAUAUUUUGCCAAUAGCUCGGAUUGCGAAGACGGAAGAGAUUGUCCCAUUGCUUAAGGCGAAGAAAUUGCAAGAAAUCAAGCCUCAAAUUCUGGACAUUCUGGGAGCAGCCAGCACUGUAGACGCACAUGAAGCCGUUAAAAAAGCCAUCAACUUCCACUACGAUGCUGAAGUUGACAAUGUCGAACGAUAUUUACAGGCAUUGGCUGUCGGUGUUCGACCAAGUCCUGCGAUAAUUCUUGACUUAUUGAAAAUUGUUGACGACGAAUCGAUUGUGGAAAAAGUCAAAACCACAAUCAUUCACACGCUUGGCUCGACGGCAAGACGAUUUGCUCAGUCACCAAAUCAAAACUACUUCAGUGAUGUUGUUGUCAAAGUGCAAAAUUACUUUAAUGAUUCGAUCGCCGGCUGCACUGCUGCACCGUGUUUUGUGCAAUAUUUGAAUGGCAUCAACAAUUUGCAAUCGAUCCACUUCAUUGAGCAACUCUUUGAAUAUGUGAAUGACACCGACCGAUCGAUUUCUGUUGCAGCAAUGAAAGCACUUGGCAGUUUCCCAGCUUCUGUUUGGAAUCAAAAGCAUAUUCAACGUUUUGAAGAUAUAUUUUACCAAGUGGAAAACACUUUCGAUUCCAGCGUUCGAACACUCGCAUUGGAUAUUGUGUUGAAUUCGAAACUCACAGAAGAACAAUUGAAAAAACUGCUGUCACAUUUGAAGACGACCGACCGUGCAUUCGAAGUGAAGAAAUACUUAUUGGAAAUGGUUCGAAUGUUCAGUGCUGAGAAUGAUGACAUCAAUGAGAAAGCUCAACGAAUCAUUAAGAGUGACAGUGAAUUGAAUAAUUAUCAUAUCAUCGGCCAAAAGGGACUGACAACUGCAUUGUCGCGAAAGUAUUCGGUUCGAUCACCAUUCAAUGCAACUCUCAUCAGCAUUCAAGAGAUUUUUGGUGGAAUUCUGAAACGAGGCGGCGUCGACCUGACCAUCGAUUCACCGAAAAGCAGUUACAGCUAUUUUACGUUGGGACUAUAUUCAGGUGGAUUGACGUCAUUUGUUAGCAAUUCCAAUGACGAAAACGAAGAAGUUUCCGACGAAGCUGCCAACGCUGGUAUGGAAAUCACCGUUCAAGGAUCGUAUCUGCGGCCAUUGCAAUUUUUCAGUGGACAAGGAGAGCUGAUGGGUCAUGUAUGGAGUGGAACCGCAUCGGAACCAACUCCUGCCUACCUCGCAAACACAGUGCUACAUGAUCAUCAUGAAUCGUUGCAACUACAAAACGGAGCCACCGUUCAAAUUGAUAUUGAGAGCGCAAUGUCAAUCGAUUUGAAUGGCGCCAUCCAACUUAGUCUGUGGGGGAGAAACGCACAGAUUCAGGUCAAUAAAAAUGUCGGUCUAUACAUUGCGGGUAAAAUCUUAGUGAAUGCUGGUUUCGUGACAUUGGAUCUUCGUUUCAGUUUGGAAAAAGAACCGAAACUUAACCUCAACACCGACGUCGAUUUCUCAUCAGAAAAUAUUCUGUGCAUGCAACUUAGUCAACCAGAUGAUGUUUUCAGAUACGAAAUGGAGAAAAACCAAAUCAUUCCCGAAAUUCGGCAUCAUGUGAAGUCGAUAAAGAAAUUCAAAUACAACAUUGUUGGCAUCACGCAUUAUUUGAACGAGAAAAACAAUGAAAUGUGCAAUAAAAUUUUCGCCGCAUAAAUAGAUUUUAUAACGAUGAAAUUAAACAUUAGAUCUGUCAUUUGUGUUACUCGAUAAAAAUUGGAAUUUAAUAAAGAAUACAUAACGAUCUGUUA